AUGGAUUUCCGAUUUUACGCUUUUGCCUUAGCUUCCCUACUGGCGAUUCCUGCUGAAAUAAAUUGUCAAUUAAACGGAGUUAAACCUUUGUUAAUACCUUGCUACAAUGUGUCAGCCAUUCCCGGAAUUACUAUCGCUAAUAACAGACCGCCAACGAAUUUGAAUGUAUUUCUUGAAUUGCUGCGGCGACUCGAAGACGCCAAUCCGACCGUAACAAUUAGAGACUUCUCUGCAUUAAUCUUGCAAAGAUUGCAGCAAAGUGGAAUUAUCCUAUCUACUUUAAGGCCUACUGACCUAAGUAUAGCAAUACCAUUCUCUCCGUACGGCUAUGAGGCUAUCAAAACAACAGUAUUUUUGCACGAAUAUUUAACGAAUUCUUCCCAAAAACUGGAUUACGGCGAUCUCGAUCAAGCAGAUUUGUGCUAUUUCCACUACAUGAUCUCCAAUACCAUCAAUUCUACAUUACGAGGCGAUGAAUCGUCAACGUGCGUACGAUCAGCUCAAUACCAGAUGAGAAUGAGAAGAGACUCCGAAUUGUUGAAUCGCACCACUAGGAACGCAUCAGUAGGAAGGCGUAAUAGAGAAGAUGGCGAUACGGAAACGGUAGAACUUUCGCCUAGAAAAUUCUUCAUGAAAAGCCCAUCGGAGAGCUACAGCGACUGCCCAGUUCAGAUGGGUGUCAUGUACACAAACCACGGAACAGUAACCAUUGGAGAUGUGCUUAGGGGUCUAGCGGCAGCGUUUAAUCAGGAGCAGGACGAUAAAGGAGCCGAUAAUAGAUACGCAACUACUUUGGCUGGUAAUCUUGCGCAUUCAGCAUUGAUGCAAGCAGACGUUCCCCUCCACAUUGGCACAUCUGGCGGUUGGAACAGCUCGAUCAAUCCGAAAUACUUCUUUUUGCAAAAAAACACUUAUACAGACCUAACCGAUCAGGACAUACGAGGAUCAGUGGACGGCCUGCUGUUAGCUAAACGUUUGGAUACUAUCCAUAAAAAAUACAACGACAUUAAACUGUCACAGAUAAUUGAUAUGUACUAUUCGCCGUCCCAAAGGGGCGUAUUUGAUCCAUCGCUCAGGGCGUGCAAUAGGAAUAUACUUUACUCGGAAUACAUAACUGGGGAAAGGCUUACUGAAGAAGUCGGCGCUGUUAUAGGUACUUUAGAUAGGAUCGGUCAAUAUCCAGUAACCGUGAUUGAGUCUAAAUACGAUGAGUUAGUCGAUGCUGCUGUCAAUAACUUCAGCAGCUAUCUGCCUCAAAUUAAUGACCCAACUUGUCCACAAACGGAAUCUUCUCCUAUAGAAAGAACAACCACCGAUUUAUUGAUUUUCUUGGACCACAGUUUAAGUUAUAGUAGCGUGCAGCCGAUUAUCUCGCAUAUUUUAGAUGGAAUUGAUGUAAAUAAAUAUAACUCGAGAUACACUUUAUACAGCGGAACGAAUGGUGUUAACAUUACCAACCAUACCAACCAUUUGAUAGAUUUCCAUAAAGCCUACAAUCUUACUGUUCAUGAUAAGUUUUCUGGACAAUUCGAUUAUUCAAGAGUAUAUGAAGUAAUGGAAUCAACUAUUAAGGCAAAAUUAAAUAAUAAUACGUACAAGGGUGGUGAAUCUACGAUAGCUUUGCUUGUAACAAAAUCUGCUCCUAGUGAAAACGAGAAAAACUUUUUGAACCAAAGGAAGGAAAUUAUAAAACAAUUCUUACCUGAUACCACAGUAUUGGUAUUAGGUUAUGGUUCGCCUGCAGACUACUCAAGCGUUCUAUUGAAUCCUAAUAAAGAUUUUAUUACGUUAUCUGAAAGUAAUAAUGAAAACGAUUUGAAGCCUAUUGCUCAAAACGUGAUUGAUAGAAUCAAGACAAUACCGAGAGCAAUAGUUAACCCGAAUUGUGGUUACGGUUUUAAAGGCACAACAAGCACAGUAUCUUUAACCCAAUACGUCGAUCUCCAUACGUUCAACUAUUAUAGAAUUGCGCCGAAUUAUUUCUUUAAGGGAGAUGGAGGAAGAAGCCUAAAAAUACAGGCAUUAUCUACUGGUUCCAUAACCUAUUGCAUUUCCAGAAAUCAAAGCAGGCCCGAUAAUCAAAACACGAAUUGCAAAACGUUGCAAACGAACAUAGAUUCUGUUGAUAUUUCAAGUUAUUGUACAGGCAGCAUUACGGAAUGUUCUCCAAUUUACUUGUCGAUUUAUGGAAACACUACACAGUACGGAUGCAGAGAUUAUUUCUGCCGAUUUCCAGAUAGCAUAAAAUUUACAAUAACGUUAGAAAACGUGAGAUGCACGAGUGGUUCUAUCAGUAUCACAGCGAACUUUUUACUUAUUUCAUCAAUAAUUGUUUAUUUGUUACGAUUAUAA